AUGAAUGAGUCUAUUUCACAAAGUAAGCCAAUUAGAUCAUCACCUGCGAUUAAUUCAGUGACUGAAAAUGAAACGCAAACUAAUCAUGUMUCUGAUAAUGAUGAAAUUGAGUCGGGGGGUAGAAAGAGGAAAACACGAUCAAUAGUAUGGAACCACUUUAAGAAGAUUAAAGUGGAUGGUAGUGAUAAAGCAGAGUGUAACUAUUGCAAAAAGAAAUUGGGAGCGAACUCGAAAAAUGAUAUACGCCAACAUAUCUUAGUAGGGGAGCAAAAUAAGGUUGAUGGUACUUCAUCGUAUGUUUCUAAUUAUACUUUUAAUGUGGAUAAAUCAAGAAGAAAUCUCGCAGAGAUGAUAAUCAUACACGAGUAUCCACUUUCAAUAGUAGAACAUCAUGGGUUCCGAAAGUUUGUGGGGGGUCUUCAACCUUUGUUUAAGGUUCCAUCUCGAAACACCAUUAAAAGUGACAUACUAAAGAUUUAUGAUUUUGAAAGACAAAAGACAUUGAAGAUGUUAGAAAAGAACACUAGUAGGAUAGCAAUUACGACUGAUAUGUGGACGGCUAACAAUCAAAAAAAGGGAUUUAUGACGGUCACUGCUCACUUUGUUGAUCAAAAUUGGAAUAUGCAAAGUCGGAUCAUGAGAUUUAUUUUUGUGUCUUGUCCACAUACAUCUGAAGUUCUUGCGGAUGUACUUUAUGAUUGUUUAUUGGAUUGGAAUCUUGAUAGAAAACUGUCCACACUAACUGUUGAUAAUUGCACCACAAAUGAUGCAAUAAUCAACAUAUUGUUGGACAAGCUUCCUAUGAGUUCACUUAUGAUGGGUGGGAGGUUGUUCCACAUGCGAUGUUGUGCACACGUUCUCAAUUUGAUAGUUCAAGAUGGAUUGGCUGUUCUUGGGGACGGGAUUGAAAGGAUUAGAGAUAGUGUGGCCUUUUGGAUUGCAUCACCAAAAAGAGAUCAAAAGUUUGAGGAAGCAGCUCGCCAAUUGRGAAUAUCAUCCACCAAGAAAUUGGCACUUGAUUGUAAGACUCGAUGGAAUUCUACUUAUUUGAUGAUUAGUGUUGCUAUAGUUUACAAAGACGUCUUUCAACGCUUACACCAACGAGAGUCUCAGUAUAAAAAUUUGCCAACGCAACGGGAUUGGGAGUUUGCUAAAGAGAUUUGUGAUAGAUUGCAAUUAUUUUAUGAGGUAACAGUAAUGUUUUCUGGUUCAAAGUAUCCCACUACAAAUUUUGACAAGUAUUGGUCUGUUAUACAUGGGAUUAUGGAAAUGGCAGCGGUUUUAGAUCCUCGGUAUAAAUUGAAGUUUGUGGAGUUACUUUUUCCUGUGUUGUACGGACAAGACAAAUCGGCGAUUGAACUUGAGAAGCUCAAGGAAUUGGUCUACACUUUGUUUCAAGAAUAUGAGCUUAGUGAUCCUGGUGUAAGAAACAACAACGAAGGUGUUAGUGGUUCGUCUUCUUUAAGUUCAGGGUCUUCAGCAAGUCAUCAGGUUGAAUUUAAAAAACUCUUAUCAAAUAUUGCUUCAAUUGCCAACCAGCAUGAUGAUUCAGGUAUUACAACAGAAUUGGAUAAUUAUUUGAAAAAUAAACUUUUGCCUAAAGACAUGGAACUUGAUUUGUUACUUUGGUGGAAGACAAAUGGGUUUAAAUACCCAACACUUCAAAGGAUUGGUAGAGACAUAUUAGCCGUUCUUAUUUCGACUGUCGCCUCGGAAUCUGCAUUUAGUACAGGUGGAAGAUUGGUAACUCCAUAUCGUAGUCGACUUCAUCCAAAAACAUUGAAGGCUCUAAUGUGUGGUCAAAGUUGGCUAUUGAAUGAAAUACGAGAAACUUGUUCUGAUGAUAUCGAAGCAUAUUACCGUACGAUUGAGUAUGAUUAUGACGUGGAAGAGAUUCGGGUUCGGGUUAUGGUUCGGGUUCGGGUUCGGGUUCGGGUUCGGGUUCGGUUUCAGGUAAAACCAAUGGGUAACGGUUAUUCUGCUCUUAACGGGUUACCAAUGGGGAUCGGGGAAACCGCGGGGACCCGAUGGGAAUCCCUGAUAAGAUCCCUGACGGGGAUCGGGACGGUUACAGGGAUGGUUAUGGUUAUCGGUUUCGGGGAUGGGGACUCUAAAAACCGGCCCGAACCCGGCCCGUUGCCAUUUCUAAUUUCAGCUACUUCGAAGUCUUGGUGUGUUUAUUAG